AUGUUUAUCGAACCGGGACAAUGUCAAAAUCUUACUGUUAUCAGAUCUGCUGGUAUGAGACUUAUUUACUUAUGCAUCCGAAGACCUAAUCUAAUCUAUAUGCCAAUAGCUGUGCUAGACAGAUUUUCAAGACCAGUGCGUGCCGAUAAGUUAAUUCUGCAGUUUUUACCGUGUGACAAAGAUGUCGAAGACUGCAAAGAGUUUUUUAAGGAGGCUGAUAAAAACGGCGUUAGGCCGGACACUCUUCGCAUAUCACUGAAGAUGAUGGGUGAAGGUGGUAAUCGAAUCGUUCCGUCACGAGAAGUCACGGACGAUGCGAUCUCGUAG